AUGUGCAACACACAAGGCUAAUCAAACUGAUCGCUGCAAGCAAUGCGAUGGCUGCAACGCGAGUCAGAGACAGGAGUCCUCGGUUGCCGAUGACUUGAUGAUCCUGAGCCCACCGAAACACUGCAUCAUCUUUCCGUGCUUUUCUUCGUCUUCGCUUUCCUGCACGAUGGCGUGGUCCAAGUUUGCAGCUCUCUGCCUCCUCUUAACUCAUUUCCUGCUGGCUCAAGCCGCUGGACCAAAAGCCUCUACCGAGUACUGCGUUGGCUUGCGCAGGUUCACGGCCACUUGCAACCAUUUCGUCUUGCUCUACGGACGACCUGUCAGCUUCGUGAUGACAUCCUCCUCGCCAGAUCGGCUCUUCACACUUAAGGUGCAACCCGAGCACAGUGAGCCCAUCACUUGCACUGCGAGGCAAGCGCAACCAGUCGCUCCUCAGUGCAAUGUGGCCGGCGGGCCUUACACUUUACCUAUCGGAGUCGCAUACGAUGUCUACGCCUCUCGUGGACUGCCCACGAGCAUUGUCGAGUCGACGGAGCCGCUCGUUGCGACGAUUGUAUCUGCAUGCUGCACCGCCAUCUGGUCUGGCGCCUUUACGGUGACUUUCCCUCGUCGCAAAAUGGCGAUAUCGACGCCGGAGGUCAGCUUCGAUUGCGGCCCGGGCUUGCCAUCCUUUGUCGUUCCCUCAAUUGGCCUGCCCUGCAGUGCCUUCUUUGGCGAGCAUACCUCGAACAAGGAAGCUUGCAGUUUGGACCAUCUCAGGGAGCCGACGUGGGAGAAAGUGAACAACGGAAUAUGUACCUUUGUAUCGCCAGAACCGCAAGAUGAAGGCGGACGGUCCAUCGGCUGAUGCAGGCAAUCAUCAUAGCCGCCGUUUAGAUGCUGUUUCUCUGGUACAAAAUCCGAGACGCAGCGUAUGCAAAUCCUCUACAGUUGGAAAAGCUAUACUGCAGCUAUGCCCAAAAAGUGCAGCCCUGAUCGUCUGCGGCUUGUCGGGCGUGGGCACCAGUUUGCGAUGCCGGUGGAUUAUCGAAGCUCAA